ACUUGGAUCAUGCAGUUGACAAUCACUGGGGCCUUGAGCUUGAGCUCGAGGUCUGAGAGCUGCUGAAUAUUGGCAGUGUCGCGGACCUAACCGGCUAGAGAUCCAUGUGCUCGCCUGUGUGUAAAUUUGGGUAUCUCGCCUUCCGCCCAAAGCCCAUUGUCAGCUAGAUUGUUGCCAAAGUCUCCAGCUUGGCUAAAUCGCUGCUCAUAUAUAGGUGUAAUAAAUUCUGCAGGUGGCCAUCCUUGUUCGUUAUAACUUAUAUCUCCAAUCGCCCCAUUACCAAGUGAUUGAAAUUGAACAUCAUGUCGCUUUUCCUCUGUGUUGACUGUGGUGGAUCCAAGACGUCUGCUGUCAUCACAGACAGAUCUGGCACGAUCCUCGGGCGGGCCCUAGGAGGCUCAUCUAACUUUUCGUACAUGUCUGCAUCUGCAUUUACAGAUGCUGUUCGCGUAGCAGUAUCUAAUGCACUGAAGACCUGCGUCUCUCCACCAUCUAUCGAUCCUAUUCCCCUCCCUCCCAACACUGAGAUGUUCGCAUCCGCAUGGUUCGGUAUCUCCGGCGUCGAUUCCCUAGCUGCAGUCGCCAAUGCCUCAGCAGCGCUCUCCGCUCUCCUCAGGAUACCCGUGGGUCCGCGGUUGGUCGUGGCGAACGAUACACAUCUUCUUGCUGCACCGCUUCGGCUUCAUCCUGAUAUCAAGCAUGCUGUUGCUGCGAUAGGCGGCACAGGAUCCUGCGUCGUCUCAUUUCAGCACCAGCCCUCGGGCAUGCUAAGUGAACUUGCACGGACUGGCGGGUGGGGAUGGAUUCUAGGAGACGAAGGCGGAGGAUUUCACGUGGGCCGUGAGACUAUGCGUCAGAUGAUGCACGAUGCUGCGCGCUCGUCGCUGGGGAUGGAGCCGUUACCCCCAAGUAGCCUCAAAGCGAAGGUGCUUGAAAGAUUUGGGAUCCACGAAGUAGAGAAUGCCCCAGAGGUGUUACCGGUGGUGCACUUGCCCGAGCCGAGUACAGCAGAGGCAGCUGCCACUGUUCCAUCGUAUCUCCUCGUUGCGCGCGAGAAACGGUUAAGCCAGCUUGCUCCACUCGUUUUUGAAGCUGCGUUCAAGGACAAGGACCCCUUCGCGUUGAAUGUGUUGAAAGUCUGUGCUGAGGGACUUGCCGAUCAGAUCGCAAUGCUUUGCCGUGAGCCUGGAGAGGAUCCGAAUUUGAAACCAAGAGCAGUGGAAGCAAAUAAGGCCGUGUUAUGUUUUGGAGGGAGCUUAGUUGGCAUUGAGGAUUAUAGGGCGUUGAUACGUGAGGCAUUGGCGAAGAAGGGACAUGUCUUCAAAUAUGUGGAGUUCGUUGAUGAUGCUGCGGCUGUAGGAGCGGUAGGACUAGCGUCUUUAGGGAGGAGGACAUGAGUCUUGUCUACUCGUUAGCUAUGGAAUUUGUUACUUGAGUAUAGUCGAAGUUAAUACCUGCCCUAAAUAUUUCCACGGUCCC